CCUAAAUGAUAACGAGGCAUAUCAUUAGCGUUACGUGGAGGGUAGCAGGCAGUAGGGCACGCCACGCAUGUGGCGCGGUGCCGGCGCAUCUGGUAGCGGGAGGGGGGCCGCGGGGGCUAAAAUUAGUCCCGAGCGCCACGUGCGUCUACAGUCCGCGCUCGACCUCCACCACGUACGCUCGCCGCCUGGGCCCUCCGUGUUUACAAGUUACAAGUUUACCACCGCCACAGGCAACCGAGUCCCAGCGCUUCGCGCAGUGUUACUUGUUAGUGCACCCAGUGACCGUGGCCGUCGCGACGGAGGCAGUUCAAGGAAUGCUCAUGGCGGGCGCGCUGCCUGCCGAGCCAGAGGGGCUGCUGGCGUUGGGCGCGCUCCCCGGGCAGAAGGACACCACCUGGACGAAACUCUUCGUCGGGGGGCUGCCCUACCACACCACAGACAAAAGCUUGAGAGAGCAUUUUGCGGUCUAUGGAGACAUCGAGGAGGCUGUCGUUAUCACGGACCGGCAAACCAGUAAAAGUCGAGGAUAUGGAUUUGUAAUAAUGGGCGACCGGUCAGCAGCAGAACGGGCGUGUAAGGAUCCCAACCCCAUCAUCGACGGGAGGAAAGCCAACGUCAACCUUGCCAUCCUCGGGGCCAAGCCCAGAGGGAAUCUCGCGCCAGGGUUCGGUUUGGCGGCGGCGGCAGCCGGCGUGCGCGCCGGAUACCAGACAGUGCUGCCCACUCCGUACGGGUUGUCGCCGGGAUACGUGUACGGCACGCCGGGGUACACGAUGAGCGCGAUGAGCGGCGUGGGCGCGGGGGUGACGUCCGGUGCCGGCGGGCUGGUACAGCUGCCGCAGCUGCAGCACGCCGCCGCCAUGGCCGCGGCGAACCACCUCUACGAGUACCAGGCUGCUGCCGCGCAGGGCGCCGCGGCGUAUCAGCAGCAGUACGCGGCCGCAGGAUUCGACCCGUACGCUACAGCUGCCGCAGCUGCGGCGGCGGCGGCAAGCGGAGCAGGCUACAUGUCGCCUUACUACGCGCUGCCCAGCGGAGGAGUGCAGGGACCCCUUCUGCCGCCCCUCUCGUACCCUCCACAACUUCAAGAGGCACGCAUGCAGUAACCAAUGAAGAACACAGUGGCUAUACUAUGACAAAAUUGCCCCAGAACAUUUUAAGAUCUGACCCAAAAUUAGUCUUUGGAUAUCUUAUUAAGGCUAGUGGAUUAAUAAAUUUAUAUAUUUAACAGCGUUGCAUUGUAGCCAUGGCAAUGACGACGUAGGAUUUUAAAAUGUGAUGAAAUGAUGAUAGCUAAAUAUGGCUGAGGGAAUACACUUAGCGUUCCCGUUUUGGACGAACGAAUAUUAGGGAAUCAUAGUGCCUAUAGUAUACUAUACUUAGGUUAUUAUAAAAGUUAUGAAGUGAAUAAAUGAGGUCGAACGGUCCGUUUGUUACCACAGGAAAGCCAAAUAUUUAGACUAAACGUUAAACAAUUUCUUGUACCAAUAGAAAUUGGUGUCAACCAAAAAUAAGCGACGACCAAAGCUGUGAGCUUUUAGUAGGAUUAAGAUGGCUGACGGUAGAUCCACCAACCGGACGUCGCGUCGGUGUGAGCGGCGGUCUGUCUGACGUAUUACUUAAACGUAGGUGUAAAACAAAGUUCUUGCCUAAUUCAUUUAUUCUUCCUGACAUCACAUUAUGUAAAUGAUAUUUCCUAUUUUUUAUACUUCAUAGAUUAAUUAGAUAUACUUUUCUAGGUACAUUUUCCAUCAUAUUUUAAUACGAUUGUAUAAUCUUAUUCAUUACAAUUACUACACUUUAUUUCAACUUACGUAUCAGCUGUUUAAUGACAAUAAAAGACUAUUGCAGCUUGUGAGAUAAAAGGUCUUACCAAAAUAUUACGACAUAUUUUUACUGUAAGGCAGCUAACGUCUUCAAAUUAUAUUAUGUACUUCCUUAUUUAACACAUUGUAUUGUAUUGUAUUUACACAUAUAUUUUACGUAGAUACCUUUAUCAGUAAAAUACCCAAAUACAUAAUUCAUAUUUUAGAAGUGACAUUUCAAAAAUAUUAGUGACCAUAAUCGUGUUAAGUGUUUCGGUAACUGACCUCCUCUUAUUGUUAUAUCCAAUAAAUAAUUAAGUGUUAUACUAGCUUCCAAUCCAUGCUGCAAUACUGCACGUAGGUAUAAGGUAAGUAAUUUAACACGGUCCGAUAUAAUCUGAGGCUAUUAAAAUGAAAUGGCUUUGCAACUCUCAACUGCAUGUAUCGCAGUCGUAAAAAAUAUUACUUAUCAUGAUAAGUAAUAAUCCAUGGAAAGGACAUGAACUGGGCCUAUUUUAGCGCUGGAAAAAUACUAAAAGAACAGUGUACUUAAUAUGAAUAAAAAUCGGAUAAUGUUCUUUUAAUUGUAUUUAUAAAGACCCACAUUUUUUAUGUAACGCUUAUCUAUGACUUACCAAAGCUAAUGUCAUUGUCAAGCACUAGUUAAUGUAGCUUAUUCGGGUAGGUAGUUCCCAGAAGUUCUAUAGAACGCUUUAAACGAGAUCGAACCUUACGGUCAAGAAUCCCACAAUUGAAUAGAACAAUUGGGAAGUACCUGCUUAAUAUAUUGUGUAGCUUGGAAUAGUAAAGCCUGAAACGUGAGUCCGGUCAUUCGUAAUGACCAUUAAUGGUUAUCGUUCUUUGAUUCGAUUAUUCUAAAAGCGACAAAUGUAUUUUUUUAGCAGGUUUCUAGGCUUUAAUAUUCUUGGCUUGUGUACGUAGUGUGUAGGUCCACGACACGACAUGUCCACGUUGCUCAAUACGCCCAACGAGGGCUCGGUUUAGGGUUAAGGAGAGCAAUAAACUUAUUAAAUGUUAUUAAUAAGGUUAAUGUAAUGAAGUUCUCGGAAACGUAAUUUCUUGUACUUGCCUCAUCGUAAUGUAGGGUUCGUUCUCCAAGGCGGUAGAGUACUUACUAGUUAGAAUAAUUCAAUGACUAGUCCAUAUAACGUUAUUAUAAUGAACUUCAAUGUCUGCCGGCCUACUUGCUUAAAUUCCUAACUGUAUGUAUUUACAACUUUAUAAUUUAUAAAGCAGAUUAAAAUAGAUCACUUAAUAGAUUUAUCAUGUCGAAGAUACUUUUAAAACAAUCCAUAUCGACAUUAUCAACUAUGAAAAACAUCAUCUUAUUUUAUUUUGUUAUCAUAGUAUUUUAAAAUAAACAUAGUUAGAUAUAUAAAAUUGAACGUAAAGUUGGCCGGUGACUUAGUACAAGUUAGAAGCACUAGAAAUAGGUAUACUUAUAGAUCACUGAAUCGUAGUCUGUAAGAAUAAUUUUAAUUAUUGUAAUAUGCUGUUAUUCGUAAUUUAUUUUGUUGAUAUUUGUAAAUCUACACGUUGAUAACUAUUUAUUAUGUGGAAGAGUAAUUAAAAUUGUUGAAUAUUUAGGCCGAAUCGAAUGACUAAUCACAUGCGCCGGAGCACCAGCCAGGUUCGGCCCUAUAAUUAUAUACGAAAUGUACACAAUAUACAUUAUAAUUUAAGUAGAUUUUUACUAUUAAAUGCAUACCAAAUAAAAUAUUGAAACACGUUAGCCAUAGCGGUGGCCAUCUUGCCUUAUAUAUAGACUACAUAAUACAUAGUUUAUAAUAAAUACUAUACAUAUUACAUAUCCAAACAAGUAGGUAUACCUACCUGCAUAUAUUAAUUUUCUAAAGUUGCUAGGCUCAUUACGCCAAACUGUCCACUAUAGUGCAUUUCAUUCAUGAAAAUAUAUAUUAAGCACAAUAUUUACGUAUUAUGUAUGUACGAUAAAUGGGAAAUCAUAAUAAAAUCUUAAUAAUUGUUAUCAUUAAUUUAAAAGUAUACUAUAAUGUACUUAAUAUAGGAUAAACCUAAAAUGAAAAAUUAAAUCGUAAGGGACA